AUGGCGGCGGCGCGGCGGGUGCAGCUCCGGGGCCUGCUGCUGCUGCUGCUGCUGCUGCUGCUCGGCGCGGCGGGGCCCGGCGCUCGGGCCGCCCGGAGCCGCGGCGCCGACCGCCAGAACAGCCUGCGCCGCGCCGCCAGCGGCCUCUACCAGGGCGUCAGCGGCCUCUUCGGCGAGGACAACGUGCGGGCCCUGCAGAAGUUUUUCUCAAGGUUGACAGAGAGGUUUGUGAAUGGGGUGGAUGUAUUAAUGGACACAUUCUGGAGAAUAUGGACUGAUUUGUUAGAUGUUCUUGGAAUUGAUGCCUCCAACCUGACUCAUUAUUUCAGCCCAGCAGCCAUUGCCAACAACCCGACCCGUGCCCUCCUGCUGAUCGGUGCCAUUUUACUGGCCUACUGGUUUUUAUCUCUGUUCCUUGGAUUCUUCUUCUAUCUCCUGCACAUGCUGUUUGGCCGCUUCUUCUGGAUCGCCAGGGUGGCCCUGUUCACCCUGUCCUGUGUGUACAUCCUGCAGAAGUAUGAGGGGGACCCGGAGCACGCCGUGCUGCCCCUCUGCUUCGUCGUGGCCGUCUACUUCAUGACGGGCCCCGUUGGGUUUUACUGGAGGAGGAACAGCAACAGCAGCCUGGAGGAGAAGAUGGACCACCUGGACAGCCAGAUCAGACUGCUGAACAUCCGCCUUUCCAGGGUGAUUGAGAACCUGGAUAGGGGCAGUGAGCAAUGAGCCAGCCCCCGCUGACCACUGAACACCAGCUCUGGAAAAGUCCUAAGCACUGUCUCAUCCGAAGUUACAAAGCAACAAAACAUCACAUGGUAAAAAGUGUGCAAAGUUAUAACUUUUCAUCAUGUCUAAGACUAAUUUAUCUAGGUUAAACACUCAGCCGUUAGACUUCUAGGAGAAAGAAAAAACAUUUACAAAAUUCAGCUGUAUAUUCAGAGUUUUAUCCAGUACUAGAAUUUUCUCAGUAGAUAAACGCUUACUUUUACAAGCAUUUAAAAACAUCUUUUGUAAGGUUUUUAUAAAAGCAAAUUGAGUAGUCUUUCAGAUAUUGAAAUUGAGUUAAACAUAUGCAAAUUUGACACUUUAACAGUUAAAAAGAAAAAAAAAAUCUCAAGCUACCAAGCACUUCCAUUGAGAAGUAACUGCUGUGGGUCCAUAUUUAUUCUUCAGAGUUGUGAAUGUUUUUGUGUUUUUGUUGGCUUAUUUCAUUGCCUUGAAGUUGCCUUUCAUAGAGUAUCAGAUGAGGAAUUUUCUGGUAUCCAGGCCAAAAAAUUCACACCAUAGCUUUUAACAGGAGGUGGGGAAUGAGGGAGAAGGAAGAUCUGAAGUCCUUAAAUGCCAGUCCAAUGUGAGGAAGCACACGUGUGGCGUUUUAUCAUUGCAUUUCAUCCCGAGAACUUUAAUUUGUUAGUGUCUGGAAGGAAAUCUGCUUUAAUAAAUUGGCACAGAAGGAAGAUGUAGCGUGACAAAUUGUAAUUCAUAUUUGAUCUGCACAGUGAAGCAUUUUCCAAGCUUAAGUGCAUAGAGUAAAACAUGGUUUUUAAUCUCAGGACCCACGUACCUUCUCAGAAAAGGCAGCAGUUAAAACACGUGCAAAUGUAUUGUUGCUUAAAGCUUUCUCAGGACCAAUCAGCGGCAAUAAAUUAUCUUCAGGAAGAUCUGGAUUUUUUUCUAAAAUUACAAUAGUUUUAUAGGAGCUUUUUGCUUGAAGUCUAUGUCCUCAUUAGGUUUUGGGAAAAGCGAGUCACCUUUAGGAGGAGGGUGUAGGAAACGGUUCUCUUUCAAAGCAGUGGAGCUUUGGAGCAAUUUUUAUUUUGCAGGAUUUCUGUGUUUCUUACUUGGUAGGGCAUCACUGGCUGUGCUGGUUUACUGAAACAAAGGGAACCUCAGGGAAGGAAGCCUGGAAUGUGGUUUCACCUGGAAACAGCAGCAUGCAAGGACACAGAUGUGAGGAGGGAGGGGAAGCACCUGCCCCUAGUGAUGAGCACAGUUCUGAUAGCACCAGGGGUAGGAUGGAGCACAGCUGGAGCAUUCCAUAUUCCAUAGGGUCCAAACGAACAGCUGCAUCAAAAAACGCAACAAAAAUUGGUCUGGGAUGGGGCCUGGCUGCAAAGCAAGGGAACCAGGAGGAGGAGGAGGUUCCCAGGUGUGCCUGCCCGUGCCAGCUCCAGUGGGACAGGCUGAGCACAGCUUGUUCUUCCACUGGGCAAAGCCUCUGGAUGUGAUGCUUAACUGAAUGUAACUGUGGGGCGAAUUUAUUUUUCUCUUUAUGCUGAAGUUUUAAUGUUCUUCUUGAAAUGUGUGUGUUACUUGCCUAAACCUCUUUGGGUCUGUGUGUGGCAUUUCCAUGGGGGUUAUUUUUAAAUCCAUGUUAAUGGCCUUUACUCCUGGUGAUCACUUCGGUUCAACACGGUUGAAGUUCAUAUGCACUUGGCACGGUUGGAAUGCAUUUUAAUUUUUUAUGUCACCUGUAAAUCCCCCUGCACCCCAUUUAUUAACAAGUUUAGAGUUGUUAAAUAACUGGUUAUCGCAACUUAAAAUCAUUCCCGUGAUCAGAUAGGGACUAUGGCAACAAAUAGUCCAUUUUGUCAAGCUGGAAAUGUAAAUGACAGUAAAUUCCUUUUUUCAGCUCAUUUUCCAUAGUAUUACAGAGUCUUCCCUGUAGACUCAGUUCUCCCUACUGUUGUGCACAGAGGACUGGGCUAAAAUGCCAACCUGGAAAUUAGGAAUUGACUAGUAAAGCUUGUCAGGUCUUGAUGUGUUUUGCCAAAUGUGAGACCUGAGGACCAAAGUUUGCAAACCUUGCUCGUGUCAGUGGCUCCAUUGCCUUCUUAGGACAAUGUGCAUGGGUCAGUUUGCAUAGAUUGUAUUUUGUGUAAUCCGUAUUUAACGUUAAAGUUAAAAAUACUGAACAUUUAUAUAUUAAGAGUUGUCUAUGAUAAAGAUUUCUUUGAAAGUAUUAUAUAGAAGUUAAUUUGGAUUAUAGUUUCUCCCUGUCUAAUCAUUUAUCUUACUUUUGUAAAAUCAGCCCUUCUAUAUUAAUACUCUUUAUUUCGAUCACCCUGCUGCUUGAAAAAUGGUAUUUUUAUAUUUACUUGCAUCCCAUGUAUAGCAAAAUGUUAUGUGAAAAGCAGUAUAUAUAAAAUUGGGUAUUUUUAAUCAGUAUUUUUCCCAGCACUCAGUUUUCACGUUAGUCAAAUUCAGAAGUAAUGAUUUUUUUAAAGCACAAUCUAAUCUUCAAUAUAUAUAUAUAUAUACAUAUAUAAAUAUAUACUUUAAAAAUGCUCUGUAUUUUUAAACAUGCACUGUAGUGAAAGCGCUUUUGGGGACAUGAAUGUGGUAUUGUAUUUAAUCUCUUUCAACUUUUGUAGAUACCUUUUACAAGUAUUUUCCAUACUGGGCCAUCUACUUUAUCCAUGAAGGUUUUUGCUGUUUUUUAGAAACCCGUGCCAGUGGCUGCACUGCUUUUGUGUCCCACAGAGCAUCUCAGAGACAGGCAGGGCUCUGUGUCACCUGUGGGCGAACCCUGGCAGGUGACACCUGCAGGGGUGGCACAGGGACAGCCCUCAGCAGUGACACCUGCCCAGGAUGGGCAUGGGACAAGCCUGGUAGCUCCUGCUUUUUGCUGUGACUUCAUGGAGCAGGGGAGAAGCUCUUCCACAGCCAUGCCUAUGGGUGCCCUGCUGGGAGUGGUGACACAGGGACAGCCCCAGCUGGCUGCUCCUGCAGGACAGGGCCUGGACCUGCUCCUGGACCUUCUCGCGGCCACUGGAGAGCCCAUCCCCGUGUGAGCAGCGGGCACAAGCGCCCAGGAUGGGCUCUGGUUGUGGGGAUCAGGAACUCCCCAGGGUUCCAGGGGUUUCACCUGCCUGCUCUGGGACCCAGCCUUUGCAAUCCUGUGGUGCUUUUCCCAUUCCUGAAGAUUUCACCUGCCUGCUUUAAGACUCAGCCCUUGCAAUCCUGCAAGGUUCUUUCCAUUCCUGAAGGUUUUUACCUGCCUGCUCUGGGACCCAGGCUUUGCAAUGCUGCAGUGUUUUUCCAUUCCUGAAGGUUUCACCUGCCUGCUCUGGGACCCAUCCUUUGCAAUCCUGCAGUUCUCUUCCCUCUCUGGAGGGUUUUCACCUGCCUGCUUUAGGACCCAGCCUUUGCAAUCCUGCAGUGCUCUCCCCGCUCGGCCAGGCGGCUCCUCUGGACGCACACAGCUGUAGAUACCCGAUGUGUCCUGUGGAAUGUGACGCUUCCCCAGUGGUUUUUGGGUGUCAGAGUGCAGUGUACAAACCUGGUGUGGCUCAGUGCUGUGCUUCUAGCGCGUCCUUCGCCUCGUGGUUUGCUUCUCAAGGCUCGUUGCAUCGUCGGUGUGGAAAUAGACCAGUAUCAACCUUAGCUCUUCGGUGGUGUAGAAGUGUUUAAGUGUGGUUUGCCUCACAUACUGAUCCGUAUUUGGCAGCUAAUGGCGUUAAGUGACCAUGAGUUCUCUUUGUCUGGGUUGGAAAAUAAAAGGUUUUAUUGUAUCCGCAUGUAUUUUAAACUUUUUGGAUAAUUCCAUCGACCUGUGAUGACAGCACAUGUAAAAACCGAUCUUUUCCUUUUAUUCAGAAGUUCUAUUUGCUGUGGUAGCACUUGUUGUUGGCACUGAUGGUAGUGAUUUCACAUCCUGUUUUGUACAUCAGCUUUCAUGAUUACAGUGUUUCAGUUUGUACAAUUGUUUAUGUAAAAACGAUUUGGUCUGAAGAGAUGCCGUGUGUUCACUUCUGAUCCUAGACACAUACGAGAUCCUACUGGUAAUACUGUUAAGUAGUUACAACUGUACCAGACUUAUUUUUUACAGAGCUUUACAUGCCUUUAUUUAUUCCUUUAUCAGACCAUCCAAACCAUGUACUCCGUAGUUCAGUAUUUGUAGACCAGUUUCACAAAUCAACUUAAGGUAUUGUGGCAAAGCUUCGAAUAAAUGUUUACUGAGACUUUGCACUGA